CAUAAGUUUAGUUUUCUUAAUUUAACAAUUAUGUAAUUUCUACUUAUGUAAUUUCAGUCAUCUGAACAAGAGUCUAAACAGAUUGGCAGUGAUGAUCCAUUUUCUCUCGAUGAAAAUGUGGAGGAAUUGCAAGCAAUCGCUAGAAAAUUUGAAGAGAAAUAUAACCCUAAGCCUGGUAGGAAGAAAAAGAAAAAAAUGGCCAUAUCUGAAGAUUAUAUAGACAAAGGGAUGGGAUAUGACGAGACUGAUCCAUUCAUUGAUAAUGGGGAAGCUUAUGAUGAACUCGUGCCAUCAAGUUUAUCUACCAAAUUUGGAGGGUUCUAUAUCAACAAAGGUGAAUUAGAGUUUAGGAAUAACUCUGAAUCUGAAAAUGGUACUGAUGGCAAACCAAGGAAAAAGGUAUGUGAGAAAAUGUUUUAUGAGUUUUUCUAUGUAUAAAAUAUCUUAUAUUUA